CGAUGUAAAGCCUCUUGAUGCGUAUCCUAGCAAGAAGCCGGUUGGUGUAACAGAUAAGAUGGCUUUUCUAAGUAUAGAAAAGAAAGAAAAAGGUGAAAAGUGUAAGCAUCAAGAUGGAUCCGAAGUGUGUGAUGAUAAAAGCCUCUUAGCUGCUCGAAAAGCCUGGAAUGGUUAUUUGGAUUCGAGUAAUCAGAGGUUAAUGAGUUCAGCAAAUAUGAUUAAGGCCAAGGCAGGAUUGACUGAACGGAAUAAAGCUUAUUUUCGGAACCCUUCAGUUAGGGUAAAUUAUAUAACUGGACCUAGAGUAGAUUCUAGGAUAAGUGAUGGUGGUACAGUAACGGCUAAGAAGCCUAGGAGACAACAUGAUGCUACUAUUACUAAGAAGCCUGAACCUCAUGCUCUUUCGGAUGCUACGACUAGCCAUGGAAAUAGUAGCCAUCAGAACCUUAGUAGUGACAGUGAUAAUAAGGAUAUAGAAAGUGUCAGCAGUUCGCUUAUAGGGACUAGUUUAUCAACUUCAUCGAAUGAGCCUCCUAGUGUUUCGACGCCAUCGGUCCUCGUCACGAAGGUUAAGUUGAUUGAAGAUGCACAAGGUUGUGCAACUGUAACUGUUCCUAUUCCGGUUGACUGUCAGUCGAGUGAUGAUGAGAAGAAAGUGUUUGAUGGUAACAGCCAGUCUACAGUGCUGUGUGAUGACGAUGCUAUUGUUGAGCAUUUGUCUUGUGCCGC